UGAAAUAGCUGGCAACAGUGAUAACGCAAAUUAAAAAAAAAUGAAUAUUGUAGUGUGAAAAGUCGCCGUUUUUAUUCAUUUAAAAUUUUUAUCAAGUUGAUAUAAUGCAUGGUUUUACUUUAAUAGUUUUUUUGAUGAUCUGAUAGAGGAAAACGACUAACGUUAAAUCAGUGAUAGUUUAUUUGUUAUAUCUAUAUUAUGUUUGUGAAGAUCCCUCCAAGCUCCAUUCUGACACGUUCUUGAGACGCCAUGUUUGUCACGUUUUUGCUAGUUGUGAAUUUAUUUGGCCAAAAAUUUCACAUUUAGUAGUUUUUCGCAAGCUAUAAGCAAGUGUCUAAAAAUUAAUCCACAAUGAGUAGCGUUUUUUCGAAGAACAAGGGAAAGCGGUCCCGAUCAUCGUCUGGAGAAUCUAACAAUUCGUUCGUAAAAAACGUGACGUCACGGGUGUCGGGUUUGCUGCCAGCUACUAUAACGAAAUGGUUCAGCAGCCCUCGCUCGAGUUCCAAUGGUUCGGCGGGCGGUGCGGACGCGACGGACUCGUCGACGGACGAUGAGGGCACGGAGAGCCCGGUGCAGCCCCCGAAUAAGAGGAUGCGGCGAGAAGAACGCUCGUUCGGAAGCGCUGACGCGAGUUGCGUCACAAACAACAUUGAGACAUUAGAGUCGUCCACCCAGUACACAGUUCAAUCGCCGCCCGGUCGGACCACGUUCCGGCGAGAGACCAACUUCGUGUCCACACCCAUCAUCAGGCCAGACGAGGCCGCGGUCGACCGGACCGCGGACCGGACGGAUAAGGACUCGACGGCUACCUUCACUCAAAACAAGACGGCGGCCUCUAUAGGCCUCAGUGCUUCCAGAAAGAGGAAAUCCCUGUUCGGGGAUAAGACGCAGGAGUUGAGCGACGCUACUCAAAAGGCUUAUGCAAAAACAUCCAGCAACACCCUCCGGGACCCACGGCAGCCAACGUUCAAGCCCACGCUUCUCGGCUCCCCGUUCUACGCCGGCAAGACCACAUACGGUGGCGCCGCGUCCUCCUACAUAAACCAGCCGAAUAUAUCACAGAGACAGAACACCAUAGUGAAAGAGGCGCCCAGCACUAGUGAUAACACCAUGAGUACGUCCGCGAGGCGGAUCCUGGAGCUUCUGGAGUCGUACUCGUCGCCCCUGAUGGACGCUAAGAGGAUACCUCACUACACGAGGCCGACGAGGCAGGAAGUGUUGAAGCGCCACUCCGAGACCUCCUCACUCGGCUUGUUGUCGCCUUACAACAAAACUAAUUCCUACAAAGCGCAAGAGUUGCACGUGCCAAGCAUAGCGUCGAUCCUGCGACUGAAGCAGCGCUCGCGGCUCGACGACUGCACCAACGCCGCGCGGCAGCUCGUCGCCUCGCACAGUAGCUCCUCGCCCGACUACUUGCCUUACCCGACCGCUGCCAGGAACAGAGACCAAUCGGAGGUGGACGGUAACAGCAAGUUUACGACUAAAGUGAAGACGAAGCGGACCAGGAUUCAUGGGAGUGAUGCUAACGCUUUAGAAACCGAAACUGUCACUCCCGUGGAACUACCAAAAGCAGUUUUACAAAUUGAUCCUAACAAUUUACCAAAUUUCAGCAUCCCAGUCGCAUCUAAAUCAAGCUCAAUAGAAAAACCUACUCUAACAACGCCAUUCGCCACUAGUACGUUCGCAUCUAAAACGACCAGUGUCGAAAAACGUAAGUCGGAAACAACAACUAGCAACAGUAAAUACUGUAAAUACAAUUUCGCUAAUCCAGUGAGAAUAACUAGUGAAUCUCCUAAGCCGACGUCAACGCCUCCCAAAUUCACAUUCGGUAGCCCAGAGCGAAGUAUAGACAAGCCUCUCGUUAGUGAAAACACUUCUGAGCCUUCAAUAAUUCUAGGUGCAUCAAAAGAAAGCGAAAAGAAAACUGAGGCGGCGGCGGCCGAUUGGAACUGCCCAGACUGCUGGGUGAAGAAUAAAUCAGACGCGGCCUCUUGCGUGUGCUGCGGGCACAAGCACCGAGCUGCGGCCGCCGCGAGCCCCGCCAAGUGCUCGCUCUGCAAACUCGCCAACAGCCAACCCAACUCCGACAAGUGCGUCAACUGUGCGAAGGUUCAGGUCAACAACAUCGCUAAGCCUCUCAAGGCGGACACCACCGCCAAGUGGUCCUGCAAGGACUGCUGGGCAAGCAACGACGACGCUUCCGACAAGUGCGCCUGCUGCGGCGCGGUCAACCCCAAGAAACAGGCCACACAAACUGUUCCCGCUGUGGAGAAAUCUGGAGUAAUGUGCUCAAAAUGCUUCUCUACAAAAAAUAGCGAUGGAACCUGCAGCAAAUGUGCAGAAAGCAAACCCGACAACACAUUCAAGGUUGUGCUAAAAUCCCAGGCCAACAAGUGGGAGUGUGAACAUUGCUUAGUUAGGAAUGACAGCGAUAAAACCAAAUGCGUCUGCUGCGAGGCCGAGCGGUCCGGAGCGCCCAAACAGCCAGAGAAGAAGCAAUUCAACUUCGGAACCGUCAACACUACCUUCAAAUUUGGCAUUGAUCCGAAAGUGCAAGAAGCUAACUUGGCUAAGAUGUCGGCAGAAACGAAAGAUAAAGCAGAAGAAUCAGAAACUAACAAUAAUGUGCUAGCGAAGGCGCCGCCAACGUUCUCCUUCGGCAUACCGGCCAAGAAACCGGAGGAUCAGCCUGACGCCCCCAAGGUGGCAGAGAAAGCAGCCGAGACACCUAAAGCCACCUUCACCUUUGGCGUUCCUAAACAUAACUCAAUAGCGCCAACCGGCACGCCCGCACCGAUGUUCGGGAUCACAAAUAAAUUAACUGAAGUUUCUAAAGAAUCCGAAAAGAAAGACAAACCCGAAGAAAAAGAGAAGCCGGUUUUGAAUAAUAAACCCGAGGAAGCGAAAAAGGCAGAUGAGCCUGCUAAGCCGCCAGUUAUGAUGUUUGGAUCGGCCCCGUUGGCAGACAAGUCUACAACGAAUCAGCUGCUAAGUACAGCGUUUACUCUAAAGAAGGACGCCCCAAGCGCAUCGCUCAGUUUGGCUACCACGAGUACGCCUGCGCCUAUCCUGACAUUUUCGGCCCCGACGACCGGAUCAGCAGAGAAGAUCGGCCUCUUUGGCGCCGCCGCGACCUCCGCGCCCGCGACCACCAUGUCCUUCGCGCCAACUACCACUGCCUCGGCCUCCUCAGCUUUAUCCAUGUUCCAAAAGACUGACGAAAAACCUAUAAAUACAAUCUUCCAAAAGAGUGACCCGUCGACGACGGCCCCGACCUCCAUAUUCCCAAAGAGCGACGCGCCCGCGGCGUCCGCCGCCGCGCCCGCUCCGGCCGCAGCGCCCAUGUUCAGCUUUGGCAGCUCUCAAGCGCAAUCGGGCGAAAAGCCGAGCUUUAGUUUCACAUUCGGUAGUAAUAAAUCUGACGUGUUCAAACCGCCAACAUUCGCGGCGAAGGAUAGCAGCACCGCCGCUAACAAAUUUUCACUCGGAGGUUCUUCGACGGAAAAUCCUUUAGCGCCGAAUCCUGUGGCCGGAGGCAACGGACCGUCGGCAACUAACAGUUUGACCGGCAGCUCUUUAGGCGGGAACGGUUUAUCGGUUAAUCCGCUAGCGGUGGGUCUGUCGCCCGGAAACGCACCUAGCAUAUUCGGGUCCGCAAUUCAGAAGGAGAAUUCGUGGGCUCCGCCAAACAACAGCGCGGCGAAUCCGUUCAACGCGAACGCGAGCACGAACAGCGCGCCCAAACCUUUCUCGUUCGGAUCGUCGACGCCGUUCAGCGGGACCCCAGCGCCGGCAUUCGGCACGAACAACACGCAGACAACGACGCCGGCGUUUGGAAGCAACUUGGCGACGUCGCCACCCGCGUUCGGGUCGGCCGCUCAGCCGGCGGCGGCCCCCGCCUUCGGCGCGUCUCAGACCGCGGCGACGCCCGCUUUUGGCUCUAUCGUGCAAUCCACGCCUAAUAUCUUUGGAAUGCCAAGUCAGAACAGCCAGCCGUCCAUAUUUUCGACGCCAAACCAGAAUUCGACGGGGAUGUUCGGGUCGCCCACGCAGCCGGCUCAGGCGCCGGCCCUGGGCAUGUUCGGGCGGCCGAGCGUGGGCGCCACGCCGACGUUCGGCACGCCGAACCCCUCGCUACCCACCUUCGAGGCGCCGUCGGUGCCGGCUCCAGCGCCCUCCUUCAACUUCGGCACGCCUCAAACUUCCUCCUUCAUGUUCGGACAACAGCCACAGCAGCAGGCCCAGCAGCCGCAGACGGGCGUGUACAACUUCGGCGCCGCGGGGGGGCAGGCGGCCCAGGUCCAGUUCAGCAUGGGCAGCGCGCCCAGCGCCGGCAUGCGGCGCGUGCGCCGGGGCCUGCGCCGCACCUCGCAGCGAUGAACCCCCGGCACGUUGGACCCGGCUAAUUGAGUUAUAACGACCGGUAG